AUGCCUCCUGCUAAACGCAUUAGACGGACCAAGGCCGCUGCGUCGACUCCGACGCCUCCACCAGCUCCUGUGUCUGCAUCUGCGUCCCCUGAAAACAACGACGAAGCGAACGAAGAAAUUGUCAGCAAUGCAAGUAGCGCACCGACAUUCGACAGCACAGAGCCCGUUGACCCGGCCCUCAUCGAUGAAGAGGAAGUCCCUGACGCAGAGGAAAAUGAGGACGUGAAAUCAACAAAGGCUGUUUCUGGGGACAAACAGAGGCGGGCUUACGGAGGCGGUUAUAAUGCGCUCAAGACUUUCAACGGUCAAGUAUACUCAGGCAUGGCUAUCGGCGGGUCGCAUACAUGGAACUACGAUCAGGGUGUUUGGAAGGAGACCAAAGAGGAGCCGGACUUGUGGAAGAUUGACUACAAGACUACCAAGAGAAGAGCGAGAAAUGCUCCUAAGGGCAGUGGUGCACCGGUAGGCACUGCGUAUCAUUGGUAUAUUGUUGCGCAUCAGUAUGUCGAAAAGAUCGACGCCAAUACCUACGAGACGCAUCUCACUGGAUCGAAGUACAAGCUCGCACAUAAAAAUGCAUCUUCCAAUUCGUGGUCAAUCCCUACUGUGAAAGGGCAGCGUGAGCGAGAGAUUGAGCUUCUUCAGGAUGCGCAACGACGUGUCCAGGGCCUGCCACCGGUUCUGGCUGGAGAGAAAGUAAAAGUCGCAAAGGAGGAGAAGGGCCAGCAGAAACUGGAUUCUCUAUUCGCGAAAGCCGGAAAGAGUAAGAAUUCCGCACCGCCGGAUGACAAGAAGAGAAAACGGGAGCAGGAAGUUGAAGCAGAGUGA